AUGACUGGUAUGUCUGCACCGAGUCAGAACCAGGGACAGAACCAGGUGCCUCGGGGAAACACAGCUCAAGAGAGGGUGUACUCGCUUACUCCAACGGAUGCACAACACGCUGGCAACGUGGAUGCAUUAGCAGUUGUCGUCCUAUUAUGUAUCACUCUAUUUAACGUAAGUAGCGGGUUAGACUAUUCAAAUGUAUUUGACGUGAUGGAGCAUGGAGCUGUUGGAGAUGGUGAUAGCGAUGAUUCCCAAGCUUUUGCAAAAGCUUGGGAAACCUUAUGCUCUGGUUCUGGAGGGAGCAAUGCCUUAAUCGUACCAAGUGGGAAGACAUUCAGAUUGCAGCCUACCAGGUUUGCUGGUCCGUGCAGGGCAGAGAGAGUCCAUGUGCAGAUUUUGGGGACUCUUGUAGCACCUGCGGCUCCCGGUGAUUGGGAUGGAUGUGUAGACGGUAGCUGGCUUUCCUUCUCGGGAGUAGAGGGCCUCACAAUCGAUGGAUCAGGAACGAUCGACGGCCAAGGUUCACCUUGGUGGCAAAAUCCAAAUGCCGCUUUGCACUUCAAUGAAUGCAAUAAUCUUCUAUUAAAGGGAUUGACUCAUAUGAAUAGCCCAAGAAAUCAUAUCAGCAUUUCUAAAUGCAAAGGUGUAUUGGUCUCUAAUCUCAACAUAGUUGCACCAGAAAAAAGUCCCAACACCGAUGGCAUUGAUGUUUCUCAUUCAGAUCGAGUAAAUAUCCAAUAUUCUACCAUAGGAACAGGUGAUGAUUGUAUCGCUAUCAAUAGUGGGAGCACCAAUAUCAAUAUCAACAAUAUUGCAUGUGGACCGGGACAUGGCAUUAGCGUUGGAAGCCUAGGACAGGGUGGACAGACAGGUACUGUAGAAGGGGUAUAUGUGGCAAAUUGUAAUUUCAAAGGGACUGAAAAUGGAGCAAGGAUCAAGACGUGGCCGGGCGGUUCAGGGUAUGCCAGACAAAUCACUUUUGAACACAUCACAUUGGACAACGCUAAAAAUCCUAUCAUAAUUGACCAAAAUUAUUGUAAUGGUUUACACAAUUGCAGAUCUUCACGUAAUGCGAAGCAAUCGGAUGUGGAAGUGAGUGAUGUGACAUUCAAUGAUUUUCGUGGAUCAUGUGCCGGUGACGUAGCUAUUAAUUUUCAAUGCAGCCCAACUGUACCAUGUAGUGGUAUUAAAAUGAGCAAUAUUCACAUAAGCACAGCCAAUGGACAUCAACCUAAUGUCAUUUGUAGUAAUGCUAGAGGAACAUGUACCUCUUGUACACCUGAAUGGCCCUCCUCAAUAAUGAGGGAUGGAGAAGGGAGCGAUGGCGGCAACUGUUGUGGCAGUUGGGAGCUAAGCAAAGAAGCCGUCACAGGGAGUAGGGAGAGGCGGUGGUUAUGGAGCAGGGAGCGGCGGUGA